AUGUCUGCACUGGAGGAGCACAAGGACCCAAUCACCUCGGAGCCCGACCACGAUGUCGAGAGCGGCCAUGAUGUCGACCAUGGACAUCUCAAGGAGUUGGAGGUCGACGUGGCCAAGGUGCUGGGCGAUGAUCAGUCUUUUGACUUUGACUCGGACCACUCUCCGUACCCCGAAGUGCGCGCCGUCGUGCCAGAAGUUGAUGACCCCUCCAUGCCAGUCAACACCCUGCGCAUGUGGAUCCUCGGCUUCAUCUUCACCAUGAUUGGCGCCGGUGUUAACAACUUCUUCUCGCUGCGCCAGCCGUCCGUCCACAUCGUCUCUCUGGUCGCGGAGCUGCUGGCUUUCCCCUGCGGCAUCUUCCUGGCGCAUGUGCUCCCCAUCUGGAGCAUCAACCUGGGGCCGCUCGGCAAAUGGAGCCUCAACCCGGACCGUCACUUCAACAUCAAGGAGCACUGUCUCAUCACGAUCAUGGCCAACGUCUCGAUCGCAUGGGGCACUGCAGAUGCCACUAGCGUCAUCCAAGCUGCGCAAGCAUUCUAUGGCUUCAAGCUAUCGGCGGGCUUCAAGAUACUGGUCGUGCUCUGCUGCCAGAUGCUCGGCUUCGGUAUCGUGGGCCUGUGCAGGAGAUGGGUCGUCGAGCCUGCCAACAUCAUCUGGCCCGGAACGCUCUCCAUCUGCGCCCUGCUAACGACACUGCAUUCGCGCGCCAACGCCGUCGCCAACGGCUGGAAGAUCUCCCGCAUACGGUUCUUCAUGAUCGUCAUGACGGGUGCGUUCGUCUGGUUCUGGUUCCCCGGUCUGAUUUUCCAGGCACUCAGCUUCUUCACAUGGGUAUGCUGGAUAGCGCCAAACAACCGCAUCGUGAACCACCUCUUUGGCAUGCAGACAGGACUCGGCCUGUCACCGAUUACCUUCGACUGGACCCAGGUUGCGUACAACACCAAUCCUCUCUUGUCGCCUUCGUGGGCGGCCUUGAACGUCUUCCUUGGAUUUGUCGGUGCGUUCUGGAUCGUGGUCCCCGCCAUCUACUACACCAAUACCUGGUGGACUGGAUACCUCCCCCUCAUGUCCGCGGAUGUUUAUGAUCGCUACGGCGCCGACUACAACGUGAGCAUGAUGAUCAAUGCGGACGGCACCUUCAACGAGACCGCGUACCAGGACUAUUCACCACCAUUCCUUGGCGCCUCCUUCGCUUUCGUGUACGGCCUCUCAUUCGCAGCCAUCACGUCCGUCCUUGUCCAUGUGGCGCUCUGGCAUGGCGGAGACCUUAUCGAUGCAUGGAAAGGGCGGACAAAAUUGGACAUCCACGCGCGCCUGAUGCAGUCAUACAAGCAGACCCCUUGGUGGAUGUACGCUGCCAUUGUCGUCAUCAUGACUGUCCUCUCUAUUGUCAUGGUCGAGGUCUACGACACCAAGCUUCCAGUGUACGGGGUGUUCCUGGCGCUGGUGAUCCCUGCGGUCUACAUGAUCCCAUGUUGCAUCAUCCAGGGCAUCACAAACGUCGACGCCCAGCAGCUGAACGUGCUCUCAGAGUUCAUCGGCGGCUACAUGUUCCAGGGCCGGCCACUCGCCAAUAUGAUCUUCAAGACGCUGUCGCAGGAUGUGGUCCAGCAGGGCCUCUACUUUGCGCAGGACAUGAAGCUCGGUCACUACAUGAAGAUCUCGCCGCAGCUGGUGUUCGCAGCGCAGGCCAGUGCGACGAUUCUGGGAGCUCUUACGCAAGUCGGCACCACGACCUGGAUGCUUGGCAACAUCGACAAGAUCUGCACGUACGACCAGCCCGACCGCUUCUCGUGCCCUCAGGGCAGAACGACGUACUCUUCGUCGGUCAUCUGGGGCCUCAUCGGACCCAGCCGCCUGUACUCCGUCGGGCAGAUUUACUCUGGCCUCUGCCAUUUCUUCUGGAUCGGCGCCCUGAUGCCGAUCGUGACCUGGUACGCGUACAAGCGCACCAAUAUCGGCUGGCUGCGAUACGUCAAUUGGCCACUCAUCUUCGUCGGCACCUACAAUGUCCCGCCCGCCACCGGCAUCAACUACAGCUCGUGGUGGCUCGUCAACUUCCUUUUCAACAGCCUCCUGUUCCGCAAAGCCUUCGCCUGGUGGACCAAGUACAACUACAUCCUGGCUGCCGCGCUGGACACCGGGACUGCCUUCUCGGGCAUCAUCAUCUUCUUCGCCGUCAGCUACAGCGGCGCGGUGUUCCCGGACUGGUGGGGCAACACGGUGUUUGUGAACACCGCGGACGGCGACGGCGUGCCUUACUUGGACAUGCCGGCUUCGGGAUACUUUGGGCCGGCGAAUGGAACGUGGAGCUGAUCAGAGACGGUGGACGGGUUGUGGGGAGAACAAGGCUUUAGUUAUUCGUAGAUCAGC